AUGAUCGUAGAGCUAAUUGUCUUACUCGCUUCAAUAUUUGUUUUUCUUCAGUUCGUGAAAGGAAGGGGCGGAGAAUCAAAUUCUCCCACCCUAGAGGAAGCUGAACAAAAACUUGCGAAAAAAGAACUUGAGAAAGAAAAACUUGUCAAGAAAUCAACAAGCGCUCAAAAACCGACAGGCAAAAGCUUGAAAAAACUGAACCAAGCUUCGAAGAAACUCGACCACAAAGAAUUUGAGCAUGGACUUUUGACAAACACACUCAAGGGCCACACAAAGUGCGUCAACGACAUUUCCUUUUCGGAGAAUGGAAAGUUUAUCGCAACAUCUGACGGGGAAAGGUCCAUUCUACUGUGGCCAACGAAAGAGCUUGGGAAAGGAAACACGUCGUACAGAUACAACACCGCUCAUGAUCCAGCGUUGUCAGUCAAGUUUGCCCCGGAUGGAAAAUCGCUCUGUGCGAUUUUGCAAAAAGAAAAUACCGUGGCUUUAUUUCAAGUUGCGAAGCAAGAUGGUGGGUCGUACGAAUUGAAGCACAUUUCUAACGCUGUUGAUUUUCUACCGGGCGCAGCGCUGAAAAGGGCAAAGAUCGCAGUUCAAUUUCAAUCGGGCGUACAGGCGGGCUCCUUCCUGUACCACGAGUACUCCAACCACACUGUUGUCUUGUCAGAUCUAAGAGGAAACCAGGAGCUCCAUCGUUUUCCCGCUGCUUCUGGGUCGAAUGGGAAAACGCUUCUCUCGCCCUGUUCAAAAUUUGUCGUUGGUUUCGGAGAUUCAGCGGAAAUUAGAGGAUGGGCAGUCUUGUUCAAGAGUGGUUCCUAUGCGAGUACGAAAAAGCUCCACUCCCUCUGUGGACAUAAAUCGAACGUCAGCCAAGCUGCCUUUUUCCCAGACUCGUCGAAGCUGAUCUCGUUAUCGGACGCGAGUGGCUUCAAAAUCUACGACUUCAACAGCGCGGACUGGCAACGAGAUGACACACCUCGAGAGGCCGAAGCAUUCCCAAAUCAAUGGGGAGCCGUGGACUCAAUCCUCAUAUCGCCAGAUAAUCUGAUUCUCGCCCUGGUGCAGCACUCAUCGAUCAAGUUCAUCUCCUUGCGGACCAAGGUGCUCGUGCUCGAGAUCAAAGACAUUUUCAACGGGGCAAUAAAGAGCGUCGAAUUCAGCCCAGACUCGGAACUUGUUGCGGUUGCUGGCGACCGAUGCGUUCGAAUCUUCAAAAAUCUUCCUGGACUAAUCGCCCGAGCACACGAAGCCAAAUCGAAGCUGAUGAACCCCAACUGUAACGAAACUUACAGGAACCGGCUUCUGGCCGAACUCAAGAGCGACCAAAAGCAGAUCAACGAGCUUCAAAAGCAGCUUCUCUCCAGCUGA